AUUGUCAUAUGACCAUUAUCGAAAGCACAUGGUCUCGUUUUACCGUAGCAACCCCCGUCCGACAACAUGUAAUUUGCUGAGACACAAUAGUGUUUGUGUGUUGAUAUGCAAAUCUUUGUAAGCACGCGAAGUUUACUUUGGAAAAAGUCUAGUUAAAAACGAUUCAUGGUUAGGCAUGUUUUCGAACAAGUUGCCUGACACGAAGAGUCGUAUAUUUGGCAGUAGUAAUGAAUCGUCUAGUUUGUAUGCAAGGUUGAGUGAGGUAACGGCUUCUCUAACAAGAAACAAGCAAGUAGAUCUCUCUGAAAGUAAUGGCCUGCCACCAUUGAGAGGAAAGAUGCCCAGUUCCAGACAGAAGAGCAACACGCUACCUCACCUAGGCCACGGACCCCAAGUUCAACAACUCUAUGAUGAUGACCAACGACACCACGCUAAGCUUAAAGAGGAUAUCUUGCCAAAGGUUCAAACUCAAGGAGAUCCAGGAAAGGACAAGAAGUCGCACUCCCGUAACUCCUCUCCCUCCCCUCACAAGAGACUUGGGUCAGCUGCGUCCAGCCACAAGAGCACCAAGUUAACCUACAUGAGUCCAGAACAAGCCAUGAAGCACUACAUGCACAAACUGUCCGCCUACGAGCACCACGAGAUCUUCAACUACCCUCAGAUUUACUUCCUUGGGCCCAGUUCUAAAAAGAGACAGGGUGUCAUUGGAGGUCCCCAGAACUGCGGAUAUGACGACGAUGCUGGACAAUACAAUUACGUGCCUCACGAUCAUAUCGCGUACCGAUACGAAGUGUUAAAAGUUAUCGGCAAAGGCAGUUUCGGCCAGGUCGUCAAGGCAUACGAUCACAAGACGCAUGCUCACAUUGCUCUCAAAAUGGUUCGUAACGAGAAACGCUUCCAUCGUCAGGCCCAGGAAGAGAUCAGAAUCUUAGAGCAUCUGUGUAAGCAGGACAAGGACAAUGUGCAUAAUAUUGUGCAUAUGGUGGAAACAUUCACUUUCAGGAACCACAUAUGUAUUACCUUCGAACUUCUAUCCAUGAACUUGUACGAACUUAUCAAGAAAAACAAGUUCCAAGGAUUCAGUCUGGCUUUGGUCAGGAAGUUUGCUCACUCGAUCUUACAGUGUUUGGAAGUUCUCCAUCGAAACAGAAUAAUUCACUGUGAUUUAAAACCAGAGAACAUUCUGCUGAAACAGCAGGGUCGAAGUGGGAUUAAAGUUAUAGACUUUGGAUCAUCUUGUUAUGAACACCAGCGGAUAUACACGUACAUCCAAUCUCGUUUCUACAGAGCACCAGAGGUGAUAUUGGGAGCUAAGUAUGGCAUGCCAAUAGAUAUGUGGAGCUUUGGCUGUAUACUCUGUGAGUUAUUAACGGGUUAUCCUCUUUUGCCUGGUGAAGAUGAGGGUGAUCAAUUGGCGUGUAUCAUAGAGCUUAUUGGCAUGCCUCCUCAGCGGCUUCUCGAUCUUUCCAAGCGUUCUAAGAAUUUCUUUAACUCUAAAGGUCAGCCACGGUACUGUACAAGUGGUGAUGGAACUCUGACCACUGGACGGUCUCGUAGAGGCAAACCUAGAGGCCUCCCUGGCACGAGAGAUCUUACUGCAGCCUUGAAAUGUAACGAUCCUCUGUUUCUGGACUUUAUAAACAGAUGUCUAGAAUGGGAUCCCUCACAGCGCCUCACUCCAUCUGCCGCACUGCGUCAUAGCUGGUUGCGCCGCAGGCUCCCACGUGCACCACCCCAGACAGAAGCCCAGGGCACAUCAGCUGAAAAAACAGCAGAGAAGCUACCUCCAGCCCCAAAACACCCGUCUUCUGGAAAGAGUCACAAAGUCAAAUCGUCCUUGGUGGAAUCACCACCUCAGCAGUCAACUAACACUGGUGGUAUCAGCCAGAAACCCAGGACAGUCUUGCCUAAAAUCGUGGGAUAGCGUCCCACUGAACCACGAUAUUGAGUGUCUUAUUGAAUACAGAUACAAGUUCGUCAGAUUUUGGGCACAAAAUCGCCUCAAUCAGUAUGCUUUAUACCGUACAAAUAUUUGAACAUUGAUUUGUAUGCUUCGAUUUCACUGCUUUAUACUCGUAAGAAAGAGACUGGACACAUUUGAACUUGUGGAUGUGUAUGCGGUAUACACGAUUUGAUUUAAUCUGUUUUCCAUAAUGUGGUUUUGUGUGUAAAAAGUGUACAUAGUAAAUAGUUGGUAUAAACUUAAAGUAUUUAAGGUGUACACGUUUGUAUUUGAUGCAGUGGUCGCUAGAACUAUAAAAUUAAUUUAUAUGAUAAGAAUUGUCUAGAUGAGAAUUAAUUAGAUCUAGUUGAAAGAAGUAAAAAACUCAAAUCAUCCAUGUUGUUUUAAAGAUUGGGAAUACAAGAUGAGGGACGCUAUGAACUGAAUUAGGACGUUAAAAUCUAAUAAAUCUAUUGAUUGUAGUGAAUUAUAACACCUGCCUCUUCUUUGUAUUCCCAAUUUUUAGGUACAGACAGAAGGUACGAUCAUGUUUUAAUGAUCCGCAACCAGUCCAAUUCUUUCUAACAUAUUUUGUACAUAGAAGAUGGUAACCGAGUUUAAGAUACAAAUUUUUAGUGCUCGAAUAACGACCGAAAGGAUCUAUCUUGAUGGCUUUUGUUCUUUUGAAGGCUGUUAUCAAAUAUUGAGUUGAGUGUCAUUUAGUUCUUUUAAGUUCUGUUAACAAGCCGUUUUCAAUUUCAUUUGAUUUUAGAAGCGUUCAUUUCGAUCGAGGAACAAAGUAAUAGAGCGUAGAUUUAUUUUCCUAACGAAUUGCUUAGAUUCCUUAAAAUUGUAUAGUAUUUGAUUUUCGUGAUGUGAGAAAAUGCUGGAUAUCUUUUCAUUCUCUCCACAUCAAUAGGUAGAUCGUGCUAGCACUCUAUUGUUAGAAUUUAUACCACCUUGCAUUACAAACUUAGCGAAAGGCAACUUUUCGUUAGGGGUUGGGGGAGUAAAUACAUAGAUUUUAUUAGAAAAUUAUUUAACGGCACACUGGUAAUUUUUAAAUAUCAGUUUUAAUUUGUUUCAUUUCUUUACAUGUAA